AUGCAUCUCAUGUUCACGCUCGACGACAAUGGCAACAGAAUUUACACUUUGAAGAAAAUCACGGACUCUGGCAAGAUCACCAAGUCCGCGCAUCCAGCACGGUUCUCGCCCGAUGACAAGUUUUCACGCCAUCGAGUGACAAUCAAAAAGCGCUACGGCAUCCUCCUCACCCAGCUACCUGCAAUACCUAUGUGA